AUGAAAGAUAAAAUUGAUAAAACUGUUGAAGAAAUAGGUGACGGUCAAGUUGACCAAUCUAUUAAAGACGAUAUGAAGAUAGAAUUGAAAAGAAGUUUAUUCAAAGUCAGUAAUGAAGACAUGAAAAAAGAUGAUGUUAAAAAUAACCUUGAUAAAAUUAAAGAAUCUUCUAUCACAGAAAUACCUGUUAUUUUAACUGUUGAUGAUACCAAUUUUUUAUUAAUUCAAAAUGAUGAUAUUUCUGAUGACUUAACCAGAUUAGUUGCCCUUUAUGAUUCUAAUAUCUUGGAUUAUGAUAUUGUAAAAUUAUUUAAUCUUAUAAGAACGGAUGAUGAUUUGAUUGAAUUACAUAAUCUUACUGAUAGAGAAGAAAUGGUACUUAAAAUACCUGCUUUAGAUAUUGUUAUAACAGAAGAUAAUAUUUAUGCUAGAGAUAUAAAAGUUAGUGAUUUUUUGGUUAUAUUCAAGGGUUUAAAACUUGGAGGCAAUUUAAAAUUCAUUAUCGAUAGGAAGGAGAGAUUCAUAACAAGGUUUAAUGAUUUACAUGAUGAAAUUAGACUGAAUAUUGAACUGAAGAAGAGGAAAUUACAAUAA